UGUCUCUCUCAGGUGUUCGAAGCAGAUCCAGUAUGUCGGCAGAGUCCAUGGUUGUGCCAGUGGGAUGGGGAGCAGCAGCUGCAGCUCUGGCGGCGGCCAUCGCUCUUGGUCAAGCUAUCGCUAACGCCAUUCCCACGUAUCGCCAGUGCGUCAUCUGGAUUGAAAAUCAGUGCAAAGACCGCACCCUCAGUAAUCCCAGAAACUAUGAAGACUAUGGACAUUGUAGCGAGCCUCUGACGCCUGUGAUCGUCCCUUCUGAGGUCGGCGGCGGCGUGUUCGUCAAGACAGACUGGGCCACAUCUGGGUCUGUGGGCGUCAUCAUGUACGACAUUAAGAAGGAGGGUUCAGGGGAAACCAAGAGGCUCGCCGUCAUGUACUCUGUGCCUUACAGCUACGUUACCUCUUCCAACUGGUUCGCAGUGGGAAUCUUUGACCGAUACACACCGUGUAAUCAACACCUGUUUAACAAGAUGUAUUACGAUUCUGGCCCAUUUACCAGAGGCAAAGCCAGCAAUGGGCAAAUCACUUACAAAAGCGAUGGUAUAACUCUGAAAGCCACCAUGUCCGAUGAGUACACGCCUACUAUCAAGCUGCAGAUAUUCGACUGAGUCCAGUUUGGUCAUUUUUGGGUGAUUUUUAGGUGAUUUUUAGGUGGU